ACUUCCGGCGUGCGUAAACCUCCUCUUGCGCUCUCAUGUUAAUGGCGGGCGGCGGCUUCUGAGCGGGACGCAGAUAACCGCUGCCCGCUCGGGGAAAGUCUUCCCUGCUUGUCACUUUCUGCUCGCCGCCAGUGCCCGAGCUCGCCAGCAUGUCCGUGGUGCCGCCCAAUCGCUCUCAGACCGGCUGGCCCCGGGGCGUCAACCAGUUCGGCAACAAGUACAUCCAGCAGACCAAGCCCCUCACCCUGGAGCGCACCAUCAACCUGUACCCUCUUACCAAUUACACGUUUGGUACAAAAGAGCCCCUGUAUGAGAAAGACAGCUCUGUUGCAGCCCGCUUUCAGCGCAUGAGGGAGGAAUUUGAUAAAAUCGGAAUGAGGAGAACCGUAGAAGGAGUUCUGAUUGUACAUGAGCACCGCCUGCCCCAUGUGUUACUGCUACAGCUGGGAACAACUUUCUUCAAAUUACCUGGUGGUGAACUUAAUCCAGGAGAAGAUGAAGUUGAAGGACUAAAACGCUUAAUGACAGAGAUACUAGGUCGUCAAGAUGGAGUCCUGCAAGAUUGGGUCAUUGAUGACUGCAUCGGCAACUGGUGGAGACCAAAUUUUGAACCUCCUCAGUAUCCGUAUAUUCCCGCACAUAUUACAAAGCCUAAGGAACAUAAGAAGUUGUUUCUGGUGCAGCUUCAAGAGAAAGCCUUGUUUGCAGUCCCAAAGAACUACAAACUGGUAGCUGCACCGUUGUUUGAGUUGUAUGACAACGCACCUGGGUACGGACCCAUCAUUUCUAGUCUCCCUCAGCUCUUGAGCAGGUUCAAUUUUAUAUACAACUGAAUUCCUACGCAGUGGAGAAGUAAAAGAAGCCGUCUCUGUGAGCACAGCUGUCAACAGUGUAGAAUAAUAAAUGUG